UAGGUCGUUGUUUAAAAGUAUAAAUAGUGCUGGAUAGAAGUAGAAUUCAGCUAUCUAUCUGGGAAGUAAAGUCCACCAUGGUGUUGUCAGCGGCCACCUCAAAGAAUACGGUCUUUCUGGCCACCACAUCCUUGAUCAUUUUCAUCUGUUUCCUCUUAAUCGGCUUCACUGUGGGCUUCCGGCAUGAGAGCGAGGCCUUCACGAACGGCUUGAUUGUGGUAGCCAUGGUGAUGGUGCUCCAGUACCUCAUCUUUGAUCCCAUCAAGUUCCUCAUACUAGCCUUCGACCAUGCCACCUGGCCCCAGGACGAUGCCAUCUACCAUGUGCCAAAAACAUCGGUGACCCAGUCGCGGUUUGACGGCCUGAAGAUGCGACUGGGCAGCUGCAAGUCCGAGCUGCUCAUCACCGACGACCACCGGAACGAGAAGCUGAACGAAAAGUACGGCCGGAUUGCCAAGGAACUCGUUCUCUACGGCAGUUACUUCUUCUGCCUGCUGCUGAUAGUGGUGGUGCAUGUGGAUCAGACUCUCUACUACAACACGAAUAUCAUGUACCAGCUUUUCCAUUUAAGUACCAAUUACAGCAUGGGCUUGUCCAAAGUUUUUUUCCAGUACGAGGUAUUUCCAUUCAUUGAAAAAACUUUGAUUGACGCCUUCUACUUGAACAAUGGGAAUUGGUGGGCCAUGGAGCAGACCCAGAUCAUGGGGGUGGUGCGUCUGCGGCAGAUGCGUUACAAGGUGCAUCAUAUGGGCCUGGAGGACCCGAAGUGGGACCAUGAUGAUUAUUUGCCCGAAUGGACUCUACCCUACGAGCGACUCCACUACAAGGACAAAUUUUGGCGCAUCUAUGAUCCCUUUUUGCACCUCUCCCUACAGUCCAGUUUUCUGAACAGCCUCCUGCUGAACUUCAACCACCACGGAGCCGUGCAUGUGUACCCGGAGAGUGGCGGCUAUUGCAGCUACCUCAUGACCAAAAGGACAAACUCACUGAAGGUGAUGGACUACCUUCGCGACUACAGCUGGAUGGGAAUCAACACAUCGGCUCUGUUCCUGGACUUCACCCUCUACAGUGCGGAUGCGAACGUGUUCACGGUCAUUACCCUCCUGGUGGAGAACACUAUGUUCGGCAUACAGUGCACCAAGACGGAUGUGGAGAGCGUGAGGCUGAUACAGUCGGCGGCCCAAAAGAGCACCGCCUCGCUCUUCGUCGUGGCGCUCUAUCUAAUCCUGAUGAUUCAGUUUAUGCGCACCCUGUUCGUCAAGCUCUGGUUCGAUCCGAAGGUGAUUAAGGAGCUGUGGAACAUAGUCGAUCUGUUCAUAUGCAUUCUGAACGUCGUUUUGGUGAUGCUGAAGGUCUUACUCGAGAUGGAGAGGAUCAUACUAUGUGACAAGAUCGAGAGGGCGACGCGGGCGCAGUUCCUUAACUUUCUGCGACCGAUGCGCGUCGACCAGGCCACCUCCAUUAUCUUGGGCUUCCUGGUGGCUGCCACCACGCUGCGUCUGUGGAAGGUCUUUCAGUUUGCCCGUGUCUUCCAGCACUUCACCCACACUCUAUCCUCCGCCUGGCGUGCCACGGUCAGCCUGGGCCUGGCCAUCGUCAUCCUUCUGACGGCAAUCGGGGUGGCUUCCUCGGUGCCCAAUGGCUCCAACGCCGUACUCUUCCGGCACCUGCUCCGAGCCAUUAUUACCUGCUUUUGGUACUCCAUGGGCUUCAACGGAGGCAUGGUUCCCUCUGAGCUCUUUUACGGCGGCAUGUGGCUGGGACUGUGUUUCUACCUGUUCCUGGUCUUCAUCGUGGCCAUCAUAAUGAUGAACGUGUUCGCCUCCGUGAUCUACAACUACUUCAAGCGCUCCGGCCGUGAGCUCAAGGAGCAGGAUAAACAGUGCAUCUCCUUCUAUCAGUAUCUCAGUAUCGAGUUUGCCGAUGUGAAGAACCGCUUCUCUGGGUGGUUCGGCUGUUGCCGUAAAAGGUAUCAGAGAAAAGGGUACACCGUCUCCGAGAACGUCAGAUAUUGGUCCUCGCAACGGAUGGUGAAGCACAUUCUCCGCCGGAGGGAGGAGCAAAGGGUGUACAACCGCGUCAGCGAAGGACCAAGUGAAACGAGUCGGCAGGAGGACUACUACCGGAAGGUGAGGCGGAUGUACAAGAUCUCCGACAUUCUGACGAUACAGCUCGAGAUCCUGAAGCGCAGACUUCUCGGCGACGAGAACGGUAAUCUGCCCUCAUCUGACGACUCAGACUCGGAUCCAGAGGAUAUGCCUGAGUUGUAUAAGAAAAAAAAUUCUCAAAAAAAAGCCCGGGUUCGAAUUAAUCAAACCAAGGAUUAAUUUGAUUCUUAAGUUAAUUGUAAGUGAUUAGCUAUUUUACUAAAAGGAAGUUAU